CUGUUGGCCAUAUCGAACCUGAAAGGGAUCGGGUGCCAUGGAACAUUAAGAAGAAGAAGAAGAGGGUCUCGGGGGAUGUCGGAUGUGUCGGGUGUCAUCAGAUCGCGACAAUUGCUGAUUGUUGUCGUUAAUUGUCGCGUGGAAUGGAACGGCGCUGUUCAAUGUAGCUCACGAGGCGAUCGUAAUUGUUCGACACGGCGUCGAGCGGCGUCGAGCCACUCCGGAAGGCGGAGGGCGGUGUUGUCGCUGUAAAUAAAUAACAGAUUCCCCUGGUCAGAUUAGCUGGAACACUUGAUCCAAUGUCGUCAUCGAUAAGCUUUUCAUACGGCCGUUGAGCUGUAACGGUUAACGAUGAGCAGCAAACACAGUCCCGGAAAAAUUAAGCUGGCGAUAAUAAAAGGCAAACCGAUCGCCACGUCCGUGCCGGUGAUUCACUAUCGAGCCAAUGACGACGAGCUGGAGGAACUGUAUCCGAGCUCCUCCGACGAGGAGAAACGCCUUACGCCGGAGUCUGACAAGCAGAAGGUACCGUCAAGCCCCUCCAAGGGCAGCGAUAAUGGCCAGGGAAUGGAGAAUGAGUCCGAGAGGCGUUCCGUUGAUUCCGGUAAUCUGUCCGAAGGCACGCCACCAUCGGAUCCAUGGAAAGUACUGUCUGAAAUCAAGGGAAAGAUCACGAAGACGUUCGAGGAGAAACUUUCCGAGAUCAAGAGCGACAAGAAGAAGAGGAAGAUCCACAAGGAUUCCAGCAUCAGCGAUCCGGAGGAUCUCGGAGACGUCACGCCUACCGACGAGAACGUCAACGACAAGCAAGAAAGGGAGCCGGGUUUCUCCGUUGUCCAUUGCAAGAGUAAUGCCGCAAGGUUUGUGGGCUUCUCGCAAGUGAGGACCGGUUUAAAGACCAAGAACUCCCAGGACGACAGCGUAGAGAGUGGCGUGGAGGCCGCCGAGUUCGCCGAAUCUGCUCCUGACUCCUCCUUCGAGCUGCAGGAUGAUUCUCGCGCCGAGGACGCGAAGACCGACGCCGCGUCUCCCCGUGAUCGCUUCGACCAGUCGGACGGGUCUGUCCGAGAAAAGAAGCAAGUGAAAUUUGGCACACUGCUUUCUUACAUGAAGGAUCACGUGUUCCGGCAACUAACGAGGCAGCUGGUUACAUUGCUGGCACUCGUAAUCGCUGUCUGCUCGCUGAUUCCGCUGCCUGCGCACUUGGUUGGUUUUUCCAUAGGCGUUUUCGUGACGGUGACAGCGUAUAAACUGGUGCAGAAGAUCAAGGAAAUCUUGACGACGCCGUUAGACAAAGAGCCAACGCACACAGUGGUGCCUGUGCUGGAGAUACCAGCAGCGGAGGAGCACGUGGUCCAAGAAAGAUACGAGGGAUGGUUGAACCAACUACCGUACACUUACGAUCCCCAAAACUACCAUGUAGCGCGCACAAAGUCAGUCUUUUUUAGCCUGGAAGGUGGAGUGCUGCGCGUUAUGGAGACAAGGAUGAAAGUACCAAAGAGAGCGGUGUGGGAUGAGCCUAAGCGAAAGUUUAAGUUCACCAGGAGACGCGUGUAUAAUCUCGCUGGUGCGAAGAUAGAAUUAUUGCCAGAGGGACUUAUUCGCAGAAGGAGAUGGAGCAAAAAAUAUCCGAUUUGCAUCACGAUGGAUCGGGGAGCGUUAAUAGAUAGCGGGACGCUGAGUGACUGGACGGACAUCCUCGAGAAAGAAUCUCUCGAGGAUGAGAAGAAAAUUGUCCAGGAGGGUCAGGAGGGCGAGGAGAGUACUUUGGCCGAUGAUACGAAAAGCGAGGACGAAGAUUCGAGAUUUGAACUCUUUAAGGAUAACGAGGAUGAGGAAUUGAAAAUCGACGAGGAUGACGACGAUGACGAUAUCUCGCAGUCCAAGUCUAUUAGGAGUAUUUAUGAGGAUUGCCGCGACGACGAAGAAAUUACCAAAUGCAAGCUUUAUGUGUUCGCGCGCGCUGAUCGAGAGAAGGAAGACUGGUAUCGGAGAUUGACGUCAGCGGCGUCGCUCUCGCGGAAACGACACUCGACUUCUUCCGUAAACGACUCUACGUCUUGCGCGAAUGCAACGACUUCUGUGCAGCCGGACACGGCAGAAGCGAAACUCGAGACGUCUCCCGAGAUUAACUACAACACCUACAUGAGCAAGUACCUGAACGUGGAUCCUGAGGGUUCUCCGAGAGAGUGUGAUGUCCUCUGGGUAAACAGCUUUCUAGGAAGACUGCUGUUCGACAUGCACAGCUCUCCGGACACAAUCAAUCUUAUUCAGGACAAAGUACAGCGGAAACUCUCCAAUAUCAAGCUCCCGUACUUUAUGGAGAGUCUCCUGGUAACGGAAGUAGUAAUUGGGCAGGAUGCUCCGGUUGUUGAUAAAAUUUCUAAACCAGUACUCGACGAACGGGGAUUUUGGCUUGAUUUAAACAUCACCUACAAGGGCUACGUGACAAUGACUGUCGAGACGAAGCUGAAUUUAAUGAAGCUAACGCGCACGACCAGCGUACCCGGUGACAUCGUUGACGAGAAGACUGUCCCUACCAGAUCGCCAAUAUUCGAUAGUGAUGUGGAGGACAGUCCGGAGACCUCCACAGAAGACGAAGACGUCGGGAAUGUCGCGUCGUGCAUCACGUCCAAAGACACCACACCAGUACAAUCCUCGGGCAAGAAGUUUCUCAAUAUGGUCGACAAGUUGACGGCUAACAAAUAUUUCCGUCACGCCACGGAGUUGUCCUACAUACGACGGGCGAUGCAGGGCGUUUCCAACACGGAGAUCCGCUUCAUGGUGAGCGUAUCCGGCAUCGAAGGUUGCUUAUCGGUGAACAUUCCUCCGCCGCCCUCCGAUCGGCUCUGGUAUGGCUUCAAACCGGUGCCGAAAAUCGCCGUAACUGUGCAGCCAGCCGUUGGCGAGAGGACCGUCAACAUUGUGUACGUGACCAAGUGGAUUGAGAAUAAGCUGCGCAGGGAGUUCGAAAAGCUAGUCGUUCUACCAAACAUGGAUGAUUUGGUCCUAUCGCUCUGCCCAAAUUAUCCCUUCGUUGCAACGUAAACGAAUCUUAUACCGGCCAAAGCAGUGUUCUGCUUCUAUACCUUUUUUUCUUACGUUUCACGUCAACGAUCGACAAUGCAAACAUCCUUAAUAGGUUGUUGCUUGAGAGAGAUGAAUUUCUCGCGUUGCUAAGACAAUUUAUUAAAAUUCUUUGACAGGAACCUACGAGAAAGCGAUAGAAUUUUUCUGAUUUCGCGAAUGAAAACCACGUAGCUAUUCUAGCUAUUUGUACACGAUUUUUAAUAUUAUUAUUACGUUAUUUGCCACAAGAAACAUUUUAUUAGGCUAUGCAAGAAAAAAAGAAUACUUGUGAUAUAUAAUAUUAUUUAUAUUAUCUUUGUAUUUAUAAAAAUCAAGAGAAAGAGGAGGUAGGAGAGAAAAAGUUCGCUAUGAGUGAGAUCCAUUUUUAUUAAAGUGUGGUAAAAAUAUAUAUAUAUAAUGAGCAAAA